CCACAAUAAUAAAUAUGAAAUUGGAACAACAAACCCAAAUCUUACUCCCAACUAAAAUUAAAAAACGAAAAACUAUACCCCCCGAAUUGCUUGUUGAUAUAUUCAAAACCAUCAACACUUAUCCAUAUGAACUGUCGAGAGGUUUGUGGAAGAUGUAUGCUGAAAAGUUGAUGACUUCUUCGUCCAUUGUCUAUUUAUCGGCUGGAAAUGCUUUCCGACAAUGCAAGAAAAAAAUAAUGUCGUCUUCUAAAAAUAUUUCUUUUGGAGAGGAGAGUAAGCCUAUUGACAUGUUUUCUGCUGAUGAGAAACAAGCAAUUGAGAUCUUGAAGAAUAAUGACUAUUCAGAAGAUCCUUCUACAAAUGCUUAUUGGGCACUUAAGUUUAUGAAUGUUUUGGGUGCGAAAAGAACUUUGGAAAAGACUAAUGAAUCUUACUUGAGUCAAAUUGUUGCUUUAAAAUCUCAAAUUUUUCUACACGAAAUUCAAAAGUCUAAACUUGAAAAAGGAUUGGUGGCUUCUCCUGGAAGUGUUACUGGUAAAUCAACUGGUACACCAACUGGCACUGGCAUUGUUAGUCCAACUGGCAUUGUUAGUCCAAAGCAAUCGACUUCAACUUCUUCAGUUGUUAAUAUUGUGGACCAAGUAUGUGCUGUUUGUGAGACCAAUCCGAUUAAACAUCUUUACAAAGAUCACUGGAUUUGUGGCUCUUGUUACACGCGUCCUAUUAAACCACAUGCCCCUUGUUCAAAUAAUGGGGAAUGUAAGACGUAUCAAUUAUUGAAGUGCCCACCUUGCCGAUUAAAAAAAUUCAGUCAGCUUGGAAUUGUUAAAACGCCAAGCAAACCUGAGAGCAAGAAGGAAGAGGGGUCAAAUGAGAGGAAGAGAAAGCUUGCUGAGCUUACUGGGGAAAAUCCUGAUAUUGUUUGUGAAGACACUCCACCACAAUAAGAUGUUUGAAGGGUGUUGGAAAGGUUUUUUGCAUUAUUUUUUCUCUUCAGGAGUUUAUGAAUUAAAUAUUUAUUUUAAAUUUAUGCGGAGACAAUUAAAAAUUAAAAUACAC